AUGAGCAGCAGCGCCACACGCAGCAAGCAGACGCGGCUGCUGCGGCAAGCUAGCGUCCUCCACGAACUGCAGGAGUCGCAGGAGAAGGACUCGCUGGACGGCCGCUACGCGCGCCUCAUGGCCGAGCUGGCUGCGCUCUGCAGCGACCGCAAUAACGUCAUGACGGUGGAGUCACUGCAGUUCUUCGCCUCCAGUGGACGCGCUGAGCCCGUCAAGCUCGAGCGUGCGCCUGAGCGUGCCGAUGCACAGCAGAAGCAGAGCAGCAGCAAGCAGGACGACCUGCUGAGCGCUGACGCCGCGCGUCGCCAGCGCGUCGAGGAACUCACGCGAUUCUUCAUGGAGGCGAAAUCGGACAUUGAGUUUGCACUUGGUGGUGGGCACGAUGCCCAGGACCCAGAAAGACGACUAGCCAAGCUGCAUGCUAGGCUGCUCAAGGAAAAACUGGACAACAGGGUGUACAACGUCAUGCUGGGUCCGAUCCGGGAGCAGGACCCGGCACUGUACGGUGCCAUUCUGUGCCAUCCGCUUAUCACCGGCGUGGAUCCGAAGAAGGACAAGAAGAAGAAAAAGAAACGGAAGGACAGAGAUCGCAAGGACAAACAGCCGUCACAAACCAACAUCGGGGCUGGCAUGCUUACGCCCGAUUUGACGGCCGAUCCUUUGUCGGAAGAAGACAUGAAGACCAACAUUAGUCGAUUUGUCGCCAAGAGCAUUGCCGACGGAUCGCUACAGGCACUGAUGCUUGCGGCGAAGCUCCUCUUGACUUUCUUGGACCAUCAAAGUAAAUCGAGCGAAGCGGCUCUGCCAACGUUCCCGCUCGCGUCGCAUCUACGAGUUUUGCGUGGAGAGAAAGCCCCCGAAUAUAAGCCUAAAAAGGCCCCUGGUGCAGGUACGAAACAAGUCACAACGCCGACGAAAGCGGAUCAGACCGUGGCGGACUCGAGUGCUCUUGACAGGGCGGACAGCAGCUUUGAGACGGAUUUGCAAAGCGUUGUGCUGGAGACUGCGACCUCCGCCGAAAUGGAUUUGGACUCGGACAGGGGGUCGAUUGCCAAACUCCGUGCUCGGUUGAGUCGAUUCGGCGACGAUGGAGAUGAUGGAGACGAUGAUGAAGACGACGAUGAUGAUGACCGAGGCGACGGCGAAGACAGCCUUGGUGGUGAAGGCGUGGAUGAAGAUGCGCUGAUGGCCCGUGCAAUCGCGUUGUCACUUUCUCCCGAAGUAAAUUUGCGCGAUCAAAAUGGCUCGGACGAUAAGCCAUCGACCCCGAAGAGCGAGAGCAAGCUUGAAGGAGCGGCAACGGAGCAAAACGAGGCUCCCGUCGUGAAAACUCGGCCGCCCAAGUUUUCUGCUGAGGAAUUGCUGGAACUGGGUCCAUUCACGCUUCCUAGUGAUUCCAUGGCUGCAGUCGAUGGGGUUACUGUUGUGAUGGCUUUGAUUGUCCAGAUGGCUAAAGUAUGCAUGGAGUACCUGAAGUCGUGCCAGCAGGGUGUUCUCCCUAACAAAUCUCCAGUUCAGCCGCACCCACUGACCUUCAUGCUCCUGAAUUCCUUAUUGAAGGACUUGCACACUUCCACCGCUCCUCAUUCUCGGUGGGCAGAGGACCCCAGCUGGGAUGCCAAGUGGCGUUUAUUCACGUCGUGCUCGAUGCUUUCGCUGUUUCGCGUGCUAGAAGUCAACUUUUUCCAUGUCGAAGUGGUGGGGAUUGCCCCGGCUUCUGUUGGUCUAGGACAGAUUCCCAAGAUAAGCCCCCAACAAAAUGACGGCAAAAGUGAAGGUGGCAACCCGCUGUUGGAGAGUUUGAAGUCGCUAGUGCUUCAUUAUGUCGCCGUCGAGAGUCUCCCUCAAGUUGACACAGGCAAGGAUGUCGUCGGCGCUAUAAUUUUUUCAGGUCCGGCAUCGUGCUCUCCAGUUGAUGUACAGAAUGCCGCAGCAUACUAUUACCGUCGGAUUCGUGAACAAGCAACGGCGGCGUGGAUACGCGCUUUUGCUAUCUUCUAUGACGGACAGAAAGAGCGACACAUGAUACUGGCGUCAAAGCUGACCGAGUGUCUUAAACUUGCCCGAUCUGGUGAACAAAAUGUUGCCUGGAAGUUUCACCAGCUGGAUCUCCUAUGCGCUCGAUUGGCGCUGCCCGAUAUGGCGCAACAGUUUGUGCCCACCUGUGUAGAUGUUAUUGAACAUGAGAGCAAGAUCGAACGUGAGCAGAAGACUCAGAGUGGAACUGACUCUAGCGUGAAACCAAUAGAUGACGGAGCGCUUCAGAAUGCCGCGUCAAAGACAGGGAAAAUCAAAGCAAAGUGGAGCCCUGCCGUCAUUCGUGCUUCGCUUGACUCUGGGUCUCUAAGUGCACGAUGCCUUUACGACUAUAUUUCGGGGCAUGGCCCUCCUGGUCUUCUGGAUACACUCAUGGAAAGUCCCGGUGGCUGUCCAAGCGACGAUGCACUGAAUGCUGAAACGUUGGCAAACGCAUACGAUGAAAUGUGGGAUAUGGGGCGCAAGCAAAAGGAGGAAGCUUUGGAAUGUAUUAAUCGCCUGCCCAGUCUUGUUGAUCUGCUACGCGAGAGCAUUUUGUCUUCCGGGUGGCAUCGCUUCUCGUUUAAAGACAGCUACGACUUGGUGCACGCUCCAUUGCUACCGCUACUCGAAAAAGAGAAUUUGAUGCGACCACCGACGCUGAAUGCCCGAGUUGUCCUGCUCCGAUCACUUCAAGACUUAAUGAUCCAGCGAAUCGGUGGAUCCCGUGGUGACGAGCCUCCCGCUUUGGAGUUCGAUUCUUCGAGAUGCGCUGAAACGAUGACACUUUCAGACGGGAACCGAACUGCUAAGCAAUACACAGCAAAGCAGUGGGGAAUGGUGAUGGCUACAACCGGUUGUCCUCCUAACACCGGUAUUCAUGAGUGGGGUGUUCGUCUCGAUCGUUGCGAGAAAGGCCACAUUUUCCUUGGUGUGUGUACCAGAGAUGCAUCCGUGGCAACCUACGUUGGUGGUGAUCGGCAAGGUUGGGGGCUCAUUGGUACUCGAGCGCUCUGGCAUGCCCGAAGCAAAGUCCGUGGCGACUAUGGAGACGGUUUUACUACGGGCAGUGUUGUGCGGGUCCGGUUAAAUACGGAUAGCGGUGCGCUAUCGUUUGGUGUCGGAGAUAGUGAUUGGGGUAUUGCUUUCGAUGGCUUGACGCAGCACGGUACCUUAUAUCCUGCCAUUGGUCUGUACCAACGAGACGAUCAAGUGACUAUUCUGCCCGUUCAACCGGCAGUGGAUACAGCAUUUGCGGCAUCUUCGAACGGUGAAGCAGUCGAACAGAAGGGUGUGGCAAUUCCUGCUGUUCUCAAACCGUUCUUGCAUCACGCAGGAGCGUUAUUGGAGUCGUGUUGCUCGUUCUUGUCGAGCCCCGCGCUGAAUGAUUUGAACAUCUCAGAUCAGCAAUUGUCUCUUACUCCUAGACAAAAGGUCGAGCGUGCGCGUGAUUACGAGCGGUUGGUGUCUUCACACCCACUGCUGUUUUCAGUGGUGACUCCGCUCAUCAGUUCUCUGAGUCUUAUCCGGAACUACCACGGGCUGUCUUCGACACUGGCUAUGACCUUCGUGCCAUGGUGUAUUCGUACUAUGCAAAGCAUUGAGCGUGUGAAUCAAGCUCUUCGCGCGCUGGCGACUUCCAAUGAAGGUGAUGACUGCGUUUCUCCUGGUAACCUUGUGCUCAGCGUAGCUGGAGAAUGGGAAUUAAAGAGUAUGGCUGCUGGUAAUAUUCCGGCUCAGCAAUACCAUCUCACUCUUUCUCAAGGAAAAGAUGGAUCGAUGCAUGGUCGCAGCAGUGGCUCGUUUACCACGGUGACGCUGAACGGUAUCGCUCGAGGAACAAAGGUUUCAUUCGUAGAAAUCUGGCGCCAAGGAGGCACCUGCCUGGUCGAGGGACGUCUCCGUGCCGAUGGUACCGUAUUCACAGGUAGUUAUGAAGACACCAAAAGCCAUACAAGCGGUUGUAUUGUGGGAAACAAAGUCUCGCGCGAUUCCAAGGAUACAGAUGAACGUCAGUGGGUGAGCAACCAGCUCGUCAUCCUGGAAAUGGUAAUUGCGAAUUUGCUGGGCUACUUUGGCCAUGCGCUGACCAGUUUGGAGAACGAUGAUGUACUUGUUGAUAACUGCUCGCUUGAUGACUACGAUGAGUGGGUGAGCAGCAGCUUGCUUGAGGGUGGAUUGCCUCUGGACUACGUGCAGACGCACUUGAAGAGUGUGCUCGGUCGAUGUUCGGAGAUUACUGGUGUCGGGUCAGCCGCGGCUACCGGUUCAUUACCUGUUCUCACCGAAGCUACUAAGACCUGGAUGCAGUUCGUCCUUCCCAAAAUGCUUUCGGUACCUCUUCCUAAUGCAGAUAGUACGCCUGUCGCUGGCGCUCGUGUGAGCAGCCCCUUCUUGAAGGAUCUUAUCGAAAAUCGCGGUGAGGCUGCCAUGCUGGAUCAGUGGGUGUCGAAACAUGUUGGAGAGUCACCAUUCGUGCGACUUGGAGGGGAGCCUAUGAAGGUUACUCGACGUACCGUUUGCGCUGCCAUGAUAUGGCAUAGCGGUUUCUUGAACUUCAUCAAAAAGCAUAUCGACGACUCGCCGAGCAACUUCACCGAGAGUGAUAUUCGACCACAUGACAACUUGAUGCACAUUUGGAGAGCUGCUCAAAGAGUCAUCGAGUGGGCUAUCCGGGCAAAGAAUUCGAUGGGAUCCUCGUACACUGUUGUUGCUGGACUGGUAAUCAGGAAAGCUCAAUUUUUGCUCGAGAUUGAACCCAGCGCAAAGGCUUUGGCGGCUGCGGAGGCUGUGUUUGCGUUGACAACAGUGGAUAACGGUGCCCAAAGGAUAGCGUCCAAGUCAGCAGUGUACGAAUGCGCCGAGCGUAUUUACAGCGAUGUACUGGUACAAGUUGCGCGUUUUGUGGAAGCUCCUGUUCGGGUAUCGACGCUUCAGUCAAGGAUGCUAGGAAAUUGCACCGCAGCAUUCCUGCGAACAAUUGGCAUGCUAUCCUUUAGAAAUUUCGUGGGCGACUCGGGUAACAACCAUCGCGGAGUUUUAACUGCAGACCGUCACGAAGUCAUCCAGUCUUCAUUCGCGUUAUCAAGUGCACUGCAGUGGCUGUCCCCUUCUCUCGCCGACUUUAAAGCGCACGGUGGUCGUGGUGGAUCUUUGAGCAAGGACUUUGGAGACUUCGGUGCUAGUUCUACCUACUACCUGAGUGGACUUGGUGGCUGCGGGAAGCAUUUGAAAAGUGACCUGCGGGAUUCCUUCGAGUCGUUGUAUGGAUACCUGAGUGCGUCGCUGUCCAAAGCUACUUGGGCCCACGACGCUGACCUGCAGCUGGUUAUCUUGCUCGCUUGGGGAAUCAUCAUUCAGCCGGAUGAUCAUUCGUUUUUGUCACGCGUUGGCAUUUUCAGAGUGUUGCAGACUGUGUUGGACGAGGCCCGUGGGUCUAGCGAUAUGGCUUUAACAGAAACCUUAGCUGACCCAUCCCGUAAUUCCCCUGAUGACGCGGCGUUGAUUGCGGAGAACAAGAAGAAGAUUGUCCAAGCAGCACUGAAGGUGGUGCAUCUGCUAGCCGCACAAGUUGCUCAUGCCAGCGAUACUGCUGAUGGGCUUUUAAACGCGUCCGAUCUCCCAUCGACUCCGGGUCUCAGCUUAGGUUCCAUUCCACUGUUGCGCAAGCCCUCAGGCCCUGAAACACUCGGCAAGUCUGUGUUCCACAUGCUGUAUACAGAGCUGAAGAACUCUUUGGAAGAGAUGCGGCAGAAUCGAGGGAAUAUGGCUGUUAAUGCUUCGUCGACUGCGUUUGUUACUGACCCAACGCAAUCUGGUGAUCCAAGCACAUCUGGAUCGGAAGCAGUCUUUGGAGGUGGCAUGGAUGAUGCUCAAGAGUAUUGCUAUCAGAUCUGUUCGCUCCUAUAUUCGGUGAGCGGCUCGCCUGUGUGCAGGUCGCAUCUUUCUUCGUCGCGGUGGCUUCGACUGCUACUUGCUCUGGUUGAUGUGAACUCGCCCCAAAUACAGCGACGGAUCCUAAAAUUGCUUCGUCGACUACUGCCAUCGCUCGACCCGUCCUCUAUUAAAGUGCGCUAUGACGAAGUCGAAAGCUUUGACAUGGACAGUGACGACGAGUAUGAUGCUGACGAUGAGCCGGACCAUGCAUCCACAUUGAUUAACUUCUUUGUGGGAAUUGUGGGGAUGAAUAACCCUCCAAGUGUCGCUAACGUGAUGCUGCAACGGCUUGCAAAUUCCAGUGUUUCUGGUAAUGCUGAAGCUCCUGGUCAGGUGUCAUCGUCUGGUUUUAACGGCGGGGGCCUCGCUGCUGAAGUUGUACUGCUUCUGCGUUCGUUGUACGAAUCGGACAAGUGGGCUGAGUAUUUGAACCGCGCGAUUUCCGAUGCACUCGCCUCAAUUCCGCUCGUUUGUGUCACAGAGCAAACGGGAGCAAUAGCAGAAACUGCCGACUCUGAUGUGGAGAUGGAAGACAUGUCCAAAGAGACGCCGUCGCUCGAAAGCUGGACGAUACAGACCACGAAUUACGUGCGAGCCUUGUCUGCUCUGUGCAUUCUCGAUGGACAGAUUGAAGGCAUCCACGUCGGUGGCACAGUCAAAAUCAUGCCUCGGUCCGGCUCAUCCUUGCAAGAGAUAGCGUUCCGAGGUGCUCGAGGUGUGGUUGUUGCCUAUGAGGCGGAGAAGUCAGCAGCAGAAGUACUGCUGCGCGGAAACCGCGCAGAUGAGACCAGCAACCAGCAGCAGUCUCUACCCCCAACGCGCUCCAUUCCGACUCGCCCAGUUCGUGUGCCUAUUGACGAUUUGUUUGCAGUUCCAGAAGUUGAGCUGCCCAACAACGCUUUUUCCGACGAAGUCUUGCAAUCGCUACUUGUUGCGCGCUUCCCAUACUUUCUGGCAGAAGUCAAGAAGAGCCUCAUGGACGUGAGUAUCAUCGACGCUCUCAACGGGGCUGACGAGGAAGGUGGGAACGAUGGAGAAAGCGAAGACGACGAUGACAUGUCCAAUGAUGGUUCCUCGUCACCAUCGGCGAUGGACAGCGAAAUGCCCAGUGGUGCUGGUGCCGAUGAAUCCGACUCGGAAGCCAAUGGAUCUUCUCGUCACGAGGAAAGUGGAGCUGAAUCGGCGUCACCCACGGAGCCUACAGAUGUUCUGGCAGAAAUGGAAAAGGAGUCACGACUCUAUCGAAUGCUGCUUUGCCAGCACGGCCUUCGUGCUGCUGCAACAUUGCUGAAGAACGACUAUUGCGCUGCGACGUUUAUCCGUGGCGUCGGUCCUAGUGGCCUCAAGGACCUGCUUAUGGUAGCAAUUUCUGAGACUCCUACAACUGCAGGAGUCGGAGAUAUCUCCUCGCUGGAGGAAAGCUGGCUGAUGCUGUGGUCCCGUUGGAACGCAAUUAGAACUGACAGCUCUCCGGGACCGAUGGUUCAGCAGAUGAUGGAGAUGGGUUUCCCGAAAGAGUGGUGUGAUGUUGCCUUGGCUCGCUGCUCGCAGAAUGUUGAAGCAGCAAUUAAUUUCUGUUUCGAACACAGUAGUGACAUGGAGCGUCUUGUUGCAGAGUAUCGGUCCGGUCGGUCUGGUGGAGAUGGCAGCUCGAAAUCUGCGCGAAAAGACGACUUUGAAGCUAUCAGCCCGCUACUGGAGCAGUUGUCUGAGAUGGGAUUCCCUUUCAACUGGUGCAAAAAGGCUCUAGCAGCUAACCGGAAUAACGUGGACGCGGCGCUGACGUGGAUUCUAUCAAACGGCGAGGCCUUGGAAGCUGAAGAUCGACGUGAUGAGGAAGCCAAGCUACGCGCGGCAGGUGGGGAUGGCGCAGACGCAACUGUUCCAACUACCACCAUUCCAGAAGGUGAAGAUAGUGUGCUCAUGCCAAACCCGCUUCGAGCUGUGAGUGGCCAGGCCUGCGUCGGUGAGCACGACUUAAUGGUGGAAGGCCUCGUUGGUGGUGGCUUCGCUAGCGUUGGUGCGCCGGAUUGUCUAGUCUCGAGCGGGCGAUGGUACUAUGAAGCUGUCCUUCACACCAACGGCUGCAUUCAAAUUGGCUGGGCAGAUGUAGCAUUCUGCGGCGCAGCUGAUCGUGGGGAUGGAGUUGGAGAUGGCGCACACUCGUGGGCGUACGACGGGUGGAGACAACAGCGAUGGCAUGGUCGGUCGUCGCCAUGGGGGUCGAAAUGGAAACAAGGCGAUGUUGUGGGCUGCGGUAUCGACGCAGACGCUGGUACCAUCAUCUUUAGCCUGAAUGGCAAGAUGCGAUCGGCCAACAUGGGUGUCGCUUUCCGGGCUGUUGACUUUGCCCGCGGUGUGUACCCAUGCGCAAGUUUUAAUCGAAGAGAGCGGUUGCAGUUCAAUCUUGGUGGAACGCCGUUCAAGUACCCUCCCCCGCCAGGUUUUCAGCCGAUUUUGAACGUCUUGAGUGAUACUCACGACCUUAGUCUGGUACCUAAGGGCUUUGAAGUGAUUGGAUCCCGAGAAGAUUGUUUGGAAGAGAGUACGGGUGAGGAAAAUUACUCGAGUGAUACGAGAUACUUCGCUCGAGACAUGCAUCCAUCCAUGCUACGGAGCUCUGGCCACAGUCGCAGUAGUGGGUUUACCUCUGGCUCCGGCAUGACAAAGGCGGACGCGUUGGCUGAGAUCAAGGCUCUCCCUGAUAAUCGCGUGUAUGUGGAACUGCUGGUGGUCACGCGGUCACUUGCAAUUUUGCAAGCAAGACGGGCUUUGUUGACAUUGCUAGCCAAGUGGCCCAAGUCAGAAGUGGGCCCGUUCUCCGUUGCAGCGUGCUUGUCUGGUGGAGGUGCUACCACCGCGAGUGAGGACGCGGCAAGGUUUAUCGACUUUGUCAAACUCAUUGCGAGUUUGAGUGCUCUCCACGUGUCCAAUGCACUGCCCAGCACGUCUCUUACUCUCCCAGACGACGACGCUCUUCAUCUUCUCGAUUGUGGUGCCACUGGCCGAUUCGCACUAGGAUUACUCUCUGGGGUUGUGCAGUCGGCGCUGAACAACGCUCUUUCGACAAUUACGUCUGGAGCGUAUGACCACAACCCGCUGGUGGAUACGACUCUGUCGUGUAUUUCGUCGGAGGUUAAGAGAGCUUCUCAACGCCAGUACGCUCGCAUCCCGUGGAAUUCAUCGGAGGCUGCUAUCACUGCAAUGCUCCUGCAGGUCACAGCCGAAGCAGGACAGACGUGGUCCGAUAAGGAAGUGCUGAGUCACCCCAACCUGUUCCUGGCGGAGUGGAUCAGCGGUUUGCUGCUAGAAUCGUUGGAGAAACACAAGGAACGGCUCUCCUCGCCUGCUCAUGAUCGAAUUCGGCAGCAAUUGCUGCGAGCUUGGACGUCGUCGCUGAAAUCCCCUAGCAUGUGCGUCAAGGAGCGAGGUGCAACCAUUCUUGCGGGCAUUCUUCAAGACAUUCUGCCGAAGACGUCCGAGAUCACAGAUGCAAGUGACGUGGCGGCCAUUGACGAUGAAACCAAGAUGCGACUGAAAUUGGCGCUGGAGGUGCUUCCGUUGCAGCGCCUUGUCGAUCUCUCACAAGAACGAAUUUUGCGCGAGUAUCCAAACGCUCCUGUGUGCUCCAAGUAUGUUCAAAGCCUCGUGGAACUCGUUUCUGCUACUGGCUUGGUAAUGAGUGCUGUGGGACAGUCUACCGAUAAACUGUUUGAAAGCAGCUCGUCUCUGCAGUUACAGGCCUGCAAGCGAAUCGAGGGGGACCUCGAGCCGAUCGACCAGAAGGAAUACGAGGAGGUGAUGGCCGCAAAGAAGCUUUUGGAGGCGAAGCUAGCGCAGCAGGCUGCCGAAGAAGCGUUGAAGCAGGAGAAACUUGCUGCAGAGCGAGCAGCAGCUGUGGAAUCAGGGAUUGACAGAGACUCAUCGAAUAGCGGUGUUACCAACAUGGAGGUCGAUAAUAGUGACUCUGAGGAGGCUCCGGCCAUCACGCUGUCCGCUAUUGCGAACAUGGUAACUGAAGAUAGUGAUGUGAUGGCAGCCGCUGCUGCUAUUGAUGCGGGGUCUGGAGACCAACUGGACAUCAAGGGACUAGGGCGGAGGACGAAGCUGCCUAUGCCUGAGCUGCUUCAGGAGAAUGUUGAUACCACGUUCGAGUUCCGCCUACCAGAGGAGGACCCCGUCUUCGACACGGCUAUGCUGAACACACAGGAAAUCGACGUGUUGGAAGCCGCAAAGCGUGGCAUUAUGGGAGAGGAACCGAGAGGCUGGAAGCACGGCAAUGACGUCGGAGUGCUAGCUGAUGCCCACACGCAGCUAUGGAGUGGCACACUGACCCAGUUCAGGCUUCGCCAAAAGCAAGAGGAAACCAACCAAACGGAGCUGAAGGUCGGAUGCAAGGUGAUCCGUGGACCCAACUGGAAGUGGCGCGACCAAGACGGAGGCGAAGGUAGUGUGGGCGUUGUUGAGGGUGUGUCACCGUGGAGUGGUGUGGAUGGCGAAGGGAUGUCCGUGCGCUGGCCAAAUGAUUCCUUGUACACGUACCGCUGGGGUGCAGACGGCAACUUCGAUCUCAUUCACGUUGAAGUGGAUGAGGACGGGAACAUCACGCACCAAGUCCCUACUCCAAAAGCGAAACAGGAGGACGAGGGAUCGUUUGGAUCUGAACUGCACCUCGGUGUGCUGCUUUAUCUCUGUGUUGCUGGCAUGAUGGAGUGGCCUGACUACGGUGCUGCUGUUCGCGUUGUUGGUAUGAGAUAUGCUGACGGCUCACUUUGCGUCCAAGAAUUGCAGCUAACUCGCGGCAAUCCCGACAUGGGCUGGAUGCUUCGCUUUGGAAGUGAGAAAUGGCAACCAGGGACAAAGUACAUGCUUCGCCCAUUUAAGACGCAAGAAGGAAUAUCAACGAACGAUGCCUCGAAGGUUGAAACGCUCCAUGGGGAGUACUCUCACACUGGCGUAAAAGAUGGAGAACUUGUUGAAAUUCGCGGUGAGCUUCAAAUUUCGACAAAGUAUCUGUUCACGAUGGACCACUACAAUCACUUCUCAACGCUUUGCAUCUCGUCUGAUGGACUGUCAGUCACGUGUCACAGUGGCGAAUCGCGGAACCUUGCACUAGGAACGGUGGGGUUUACCACCGGUGUUCACUACUGGGAGGUCCACGUAGAGCAAGCUGAGUUUGGCAGUGUGUUUAUUGGCGUGUGUGAGAAGGCCGGCCCGCCGGGUUCCCAGGCCGCGCUGUCGAGUCGUUUGAAUAGGUGGCACGGAUGGGGCUUUGUAAACUUCCGUGCAACGUAUCACAACAGUACGGAGCGGAUCUAUGGCGACCACUUCAACGCGAGUGACACCAUCGGUGUUCGACUCGACAUGGAGCAAGGCAAGCUGUCGUUUUUUAUGGACGGGAUUAAGUUUGGCGAGCAUAUCGUGUCGGACUUGGGUGUCGCGUUCGAGAACAUCAAGGGUGAGCGCAAUUCACGUACUUUGUAUCCAUGCAUCGGUAUGCGCAAGGGUGGCGAUCGUGUCACGCUUAACCAGAAGUGGGUCUCAAUGCCUGGAGUGUCUCCGCGCCAGAUCCUAUCGGACGCUGUAGAUGUCAGCAAGUCUCUGCAUUCAUGGUAUCUGCCGGAAACAUUACUGCGUGAGAGUUGGUCGGAGUGGAAGCGAUGGAGCGACAACCACUGGCAACGGUGUCAUGUGCGACCGCGCGGGAUUUCUGUGGACUUUGACACGUCCCCUGCUGCUUGCAUCCAGGUCAGCAAUGCUGCGGGCUUGGGUGCUCCGUUUUUGGCUGGUGAUCGCGUUCGCAUGUGCUCAAAGUGUGGACAGGAGUUAAACCAGCCAGAAGAGGCUGUUAUUCUAGGUGUGUACCGUGGAUUCCUGUGGUACCGUACUGAAACGCAGGGAAAUGAAGGCGCAGACGAAGGACGUGCUUGGGCCUGGUAUUGGUCGCCAAGCGAGCUGCCCGAGCUUCUUCUGAUUCGUCGUGGUGGCAAGGAUAUGACACUGAUUGAGAACAGCGCAAUGGAUAUGUCGGACUACGAAAACGCACCCGAGCACAGUCCGUUUAAACCCCGCUCGGCACUGGAAGAGCGAGCCAAGACUGACUUCAAUGCUUUCGUUGAGCUGGCCACACGAGCGCAUUCUACCACGUCCGACAUGCAGUUGGUGGAAAGGCUAAACGCGUAUUGUGCAGCCAUCGGGCUGGAUGUGACCAAUCUCAAAAUUACGGACGUCGUAACUCCGGAGGAGAUGGAGGAAACUGAGAGCAGCACAGAUGCGGUACGUGGACGCUCUCGGACACGCUCGCUAGUCACGGACGACUACUUCACGUCGCCAGCCCUGAAAAAUAUUUCUGGCCCCGAGUUGCGUGCUCGUACAGCGGUUCUACGGAUUCUGAACAGCAAAAUCCUUCGCGUGCUUCCGAUCAUUGCGGUUCAGCCUGACGAUGGAAGCAGCUCUCAGCCGAUUGAAUUGCGUUCGCUACGACGUUUAGUCUUCACGAACACGAAGCGUGCUUACUGGGACGACGUGCUACGAGCGACAACCACCAGUACACCACUUCCGUCGGACGAGUACGAGGACCCUCGCGAGAUCCGUGUUAUUCGCAUUAACCGCAUUCAAGCGCAAGCGUCCAGGUUGAGUUUGUUAUCUCAACCGGGUGAUCGUCUGCGUCGUUCGGUCUUCGGUCAGCUCUACCGCGAAAUGCGCGCGUGGAGCGAUAGCUUCUUCCGUCGUGCUUACUGCGGCAAGGGCCACGGCGGCCAGCGUCGUGCAUUCAAGGUCAAGUUCUUGGGCGAGGGUGUGAACGACUACGGUGGACCAUAUCGCGCCGUCUUUGAGCAGAUUGUGGACGAACUCCAGAUGGACAACGUGGAGCUAGCGAAGGGAGAGCAAGGUCUGCUGCCAUUGCUGAUCCCGUGUCCGAACCGCCGCAGCGCUACAGGUAUCAACCAGGAUAAAUUCUUGUUGAACCCGUCGUGCGGGACCGCGUUGCUGGCAAACGGACCCAUGGCGCUGGAUCUGCAUCGUUUUUUGGGGAAACUGAUUGGCACAGCAGUGCGUCAUGGCCUGCAAAUGGGACUGGACUUGCCUUCCCUCGUGUGGAGACCAUUAUCAGGACUUGAAGUCAGCCGCGCGCACCUCGAAAGCGUCGAUGUGGCGGUGGCUAACAGUCUGACCCGCGUUGAAGAGCUCCGCACUGAAACGACGGAGACAGCAGCUCAGGAGGCAGAAGAAGUGCUUGGUUACUUGACGCUGUCGACGACAUUGAGCGACGGCGUUGAGGUCCCCUUGGUCCCACAAGGUGAAAAGAUGGCAGUGACCUUGGCAAACCGAGAGCUGUAUGUACAGCUCGUAGAGAAGACUCGACUGACAGAGAGCAGCCAACAGCUUGCCGCGCUGAAGGACGGAUUGGCGUCUGUGCUUCCGAUGGAGCUGGCACCUUUGUUUACUCCGCGAGAACUGGAAGUGUUGAUCUGUGGACGUCGCGAAGUGGACGUGGACCUGCUUCACCAAUGCACGGAGUACAGUGAAGGAGCCGACGAGGCGAUGCAGCACGUGCAACACUUCUGGGAGGUGCUGCGUGAGAUGACAAGCGAAGAGAGAACGUCCUUCUUGCGCUUCGUCUGGGCUCGCAGCCGCAUGCCCAACAGCGCCAAGGACUUCCCCAUGAACUUCAAGCUGCAGACUGCGCAAGAUCCUGGCGCUUCUAGUCAGCCUGACUUGUACCUGCCCCACGCUCAGACGUGUUUCUUCGCGCUGCGGCUCCCAGCCUACACGAGCAAGGAAGUGCUGCGUACAAAGCUGCUGUACGCAAUUCAGAACUCGCCUAACAUGGACGCCGAUGUGCGACUGCACAACGCCGAGGGCUGGGCAGACGCCUAA